UCCUGGGGCGGGGCCUAAAGCUGAACGAUGUAACACGUGUCCCUAUUGGUUAGCGCUGACUAAAGCGGCAGCCUCUGAUCCCUCCCACCUCUGAACUUUGAAGCAAAGCCGCAAGCCCUGCAGUUUUGGGUAGAGGACAUCAACGGUAAAGAAAGGCGGUAACAGCAAAAGUGAAUGAUGCAAAAUGGAAAACCAAACUGGUAGAUCAUGGGCCGAGUAUGACCAUCAGAGUGCAACUGAAGCAGGACAGCACUUGUUGGCAUUACAGAACAGAGCAAUUCCUCAAGCUCCUAGAGAGGGUCAGAACUUGAGGGUGGAUAGACCACCAAGUGUUGAGUCUGAGAUGGACAGAUCCUUCCCUGGCUUUUUAAAAAGAGGUGGCAAAAAGAGAAAUGGUCUGAUGAGGCCCAACAGUAUAGCAAAAGUUGCAAAAAUUUGGAAACCACUGGAAGUAUCUUUUUUUUGUUGGCUUCAAAAAAUGACACCAUCCCUACCUCUUCUGUUGAGCUUGAACAUUUGCAAGCAGGACUUGGGAAAAGGACUUUGUCCAUCACCACUGACCUAACACAUGCAGAGUUAUCCUCUUUAUUGAGGACUGCUUACCCUAAGAUGCUGGAUCUAGAGGACAGAUGGUUAAUAUAUAAAGCUGCAGGUGGGCAUGAAAGGCGAAAACUGUUUCCUGUCCCGUUGGAGGCAGAGGGAUACACUGCAUCUCUCAUCAAAAGAGCAUCAAGUGGGGGGAAAUGUUUGCUAUACUUAUUGCCCCUCCAAGAUGAGUUGGAUUUAACACCCUUGCCUGCAGAUUCACCUGAGUUUGCUCUUAUGCCAAAAGCAGCUUGUAAGAAAUGCAAGGCUUCAAUGCCUCUGCAAAUGCUGGCCUUGCACAUUGAAAAAUGCCAUGACCUAUCAAGCUUAGACAGCGAGGAGGCAGAUGUGAUUUCCAUUGAGAAGACUGCCUCAAGCCUAACCUCUACCAACAGAGCAGCAUGCUUAGAAUCACCAUGGCCCACUGAUCAGCAUCAUUCUCAGCAGAUGGAUGAAAUCAGAUGUCCAGUAUGCAACAAAUUGUUUCCGUUGUUAGACAUAAAAGGUCAUGCCAGCUUCUGCGGUGAAAGAGUGGACCAAUAUCUAAACCAAGCUGAGGGAAAUGAGAAAAAUCUGGAUCAUAUUUCUUGUGAAGAAGAUGUUGUUUGCUGGGCAGCAUCACAGGUGGACAACAGCAAAACCUUUGAAAUAUGUGUUUCACGAGACAGUGUGGUUGAAAGAGGACUUCAACUUUGGCAGCGUCAAAAAAAUGGUGGCCCAGUGAACCUUUUAAAAAUCUCCUUCCUAGGAGAAUUAGGUGUGGACACUGGGGCUCUCAGAAAGGAGUUUCUUACAACUAUGGUUGUAGGGAUUGAGAAGAGACUGUUUGAGGGUGACAGCGAGAGGGGAAAAAUACCAAAAUACUCUCUCAACGAUCUUGAUAAACAGCUGUUCAAAGUCGCAGGGGAAAUAUUUUGUGUGAGUGUAGCCCAAGGAGGACCAGCACCACGGUUUAUGCAGGAGUGGUGUUACAACUAUCUCGUCACUGGAAAACUUCAAACUCAUGGUGUAUAUGACACUGAGUUGUCAACAUUAAUAACAAUGAUUGAAGAUGCAUCUGACCUAUCUGUCUACACUAAAGAGAUACUGGAUUGUGGCUACACCGGUCCAAUUAAUACAGACCAUAAGGACACUAUUAUGAGGGCUAUCACUCUGCAUGCAACAACAAAACGCACACCAAUGCUGCAACAACUACGAGAAGGCCUUGGAGUUUACAACUUCAUCAAUGUAAUGGAGAGAAAGCCAGACGAGUGUCGCAGUCUAUUUGUUGUUGGACAUGAUGACAAGGUUGACUCAAAUUACGUAAUGUCACACAUCGCCCCAGAACUGAGUCCACAGGGUUCAACAAAACAAGCAAAGGAGACCAAAAUCUUGGAGCACUUGCAAGAUUUCUUGUACGAACUUGAAGAUGCACAACCAGCAGAGAAUGAGGAGACACAGACUCUAACUGUUCCAAUGGUGAUGCAGUGGAUGACUGGGCAGGCACACAAACAUUUGCUUUUAUCAGAAAGAAAUUCUUUUAAAGUCACAGUAAUUUUUGACCACAAUUGCCUAGAGCACACACCAGGCCACACUGUGUGCUAUCCAGUUGUAAGUGCUUGUACCAGCACUGUGACAUUUCCAACAGCCCAUCUAGGGGAUUAUGAAUCCUUCAGGAGCAACCUUAGCACUGCAGUAAAAUAUGGAGCCACUUUUGACAGGCUGUAGUCAAGCAUGUUUUUAUAAACAGUCACAGUUUGGCAAGUUGUUCAGACUUCAUUUUACAAAAGGCAUUUUACACUUUUAAUGCUAAUAGUUCAUGUGUUAAAGAAAUGUGUUUGAAAUGGCACAGAAGUGCAGUGUCAUCUCAGUUUUUAAUUUGUUCCUUUCAUUGUCUCUUUGAAGAGAGAUUUUUUUCUGUCUUUUGUAGUUUGUGUAUUUUACUCAAAAUACUGUUCAUAGUUGUAGUUGUCUAAUACAUUGUUACUUUUUCUAAUGUUAUUUCCCUGGACAGUUUUGAUACAAUACACAAGUGUUUGAAUGUGCUUGUAUGUGAAAUCAAAUUGCCUUGUUUGAGUUAGAUUUAAAUGAAUGUGAGGUUUGUUUUUUUAAAU